CAGCCAUGUUUGUCUCCAUCGUGUUGGUGUGGCUCUGCAUCUGCAUCGUCAUCUAUAAGCUCAAACCUCGGAGGCCCAAGAACUUCCCACCCGGACCCCCUGUCCUCCCCUUUCUGGGGAACCUCCUGCACCUGAGCCUUGAGAACCCCCUGAAGGAUUUGGAGAGGCUGCGGAAGUUGUACGGCGAUGUCCACAGUCUCUACCUCGGCCCCCGGCGGGCCGUGGUCGUCAACGGCCUGAAGGCCGUCAAGGAAGCCAUCAUCAUCAAGGGUGCAGAUUUUGCUGGACGACCUCAGGACAUGCUCAUUAAUGAUGUCACCAAGUCUCAAGGAGUGAUUCUGGCAGAUUAUGGCCCCGCGUGGAAGGAACACCGUCGUUUCUCCCUGAUGACUCUCAGAAACUUCGGACUGGGGAAAAAUUCAAUGGAGGAGAGAAUUCUUGGGGAGCUUCAGUACACCAUUAAAACCCUGGAACAGAGCAUCGGCAAAACUAUGUGUCCUCAAAUUAUGUUUCAUAAUGUGGCCUCCAACGUCAUCUGCCAGGUUUUGUUUGGUACUCGCUACGAAUACACCGAUGAAUUCAUCCGAGUGUUUAUUCGAAGCAUAACUGAGAACACCAAGCUCAUCAAUGGACCAUGGGCGAUGCUUUAUGACUCUUUACCCAUAAUUCAAAACCUGCCGCUGCCCUUCAGGAAAGUCUUCAAGAAUUAUGAGGCUGUUAAAAAUCUUGUCCGUCAGUUACUGAGAGAGCACAAAGCCACCCGCGUCUCUGGAGAUCCUCGAGAUUUAGUCGACGCCUACCUGGACGAACUGGAGAAGAGAGGGGACGAGUCUUCGUUUUCAGAGGAUCAGCUGGUCACUCUGGCGUUGGAUCUUCUCGGCGCUGGGACUGACACCACCUCCAACACGCUGCUCACCGCUUUGCUUCACCUUCUGACCAAACCACACAUACAAGAGAAGUGUCAGCAGGAGAUCGACCGGGUGCUGGGAGGGAAGGAGCAGGCCUGUUAUGAAGACAGACACAACAUGCCUUACAUGCAGGCUGUGAUCCAUGAAGCGCAGAGGAUGGCUAACACCGUCCCCCUCAGCGUGUUCCACCACACCACCAAAGACACUGAGCUCAUGGGAUAUUCCAUCCCCAAAGGGACCAUUAUCCUGGAGAAUUUGAGCUCAGUGCUGAGCGAAGAAGGCCAGUGGAAGUUCCCCCAUGAAUUCACCCCUGAGAACUUCCUCAACGAGAAGGGAGAGUUUUUCAAGCCGGAGGCCUUCAUGCCUUUCUCUGCAGGUCCCCGGGUUUGUCUCGGAGAGGGUCUGGCUCGCAUGGAGCUCUUCCUCAUCCUGGUCACUCUGCUGAGGAAGUUCAGGUUCAUCUGGCCCGAAGACGCAGGAGAACCAGACUUCACUCCGGUCUACGGGAUCACCAUGACGACCAGACCGUAUCGCAUGAGGGUGGAGCUCAGGUCCCAAUGAGGCGGUGCGCGAACACCGGGAAGAAAAGGAAGUGCACGAGGCACCGCUCAACGGGAAGAUGAAGUAGAUCAUGUGACAUGCGUCUCUCUUUCAUUCUGGUUCAUGGUUCUGGGUCGUGGUUAAAGCACAGCUUUCGGUAAAGAUUGCUUUGGCAUUACAAUUCUGUUUUCUCCACAAUAAAACUGUCUGUUUAUCUCAAGCCUGAAAAUAAUUUAA